CGAUCAAAAUUUCACGUUUUCACCUCGUCUUUUUUCAUCUCGGCUAUGGUGUGGUGUCCACCCCUGAACAAGCCCAUCAAAGGGCAAGAUUCUGUCCUGGAUAUAGUGUGUGCCCAGUGAGAGUAUGUUUUUUGCGUGGCUCUCGCUGGACAAAUGGCGAAUUCCGAAAGUCAUCUUGCCUAUUUGGUGGGGAAUUUUACAGGGUGCCACGGAUGAGCUGAGAUGUCCAAUUCCUGAUCAGAUAGUUGCACAACCGAUCCUACUACGAUUUUAUUCCCGCGCGCGCGGUUAUCUCGCUGGUUUUUGUGCAAUCUUCAUAUCCUUCAGGCAUCGAUUCCGGGCCUGUGAAAUAACACUUGUGGCAGAGGAAUUUGGAUGUGUCUUGUCGUUCUUGCCACCUGCAAGAUAAUGACACAGUCAGUAUAUCAAGAGAUCCAAAGGGGUCUGCGAUCAGAUGC